ACCGGGGAUGCCGGGAAGAAAGUCCCCCCGGUGAUCAUUGUUGAUGAAGGCCCUGCCUCUGGGGCGAAUGAGGACAUGCAGGUGGCGAAGGUGCCGCCGGGAGUUCAUGGGCCAUCUUCCGAGGUCCUCAUGGUUUCCCUCCCGGCUGGUACGGCCGUGAUGAACGGUACGGCCGACCCGAGGGCGUUUCUGAGAGGCAUCACCCUCGAGAUUGACAGAGUAGCCCUCGGGGCUGAUGAAGACGAAGCCCUCGAGGACAGGAUCCUCCGGUCUUCCCUCACAACCUGCAUUGCCCUCGGGGAGCAAGCCCGGCGGCUAGAUGAGUGGCGCCUUCGCAAGGCCGAGCAGGAGGCCAAGAUGCGGGAGCUCAUCCGCCAGAAUGCAGACGCUGUUCGACAGAUGGCUAUGCUGGAGGAGAGCCUUCGGCAGAUGACCCUGCGGGCGGAGGCCGUAGAUCGGGGUAGGGCAGAAGCCGAGAGGUCCGCAGCUGAGGCCUUGGAGAGAGCUGUGAAGGAAGCCGAGGCCGCGAAGGUGGAAGCCGUCGAGAGAGCCCGAGGGGACGCAAUCUCGGGGUUCUUGGCAGGGGGGUGGCGGUCCGAGGAGCACAAGCAAUGGCUGUCCUCGGUCGUCGAGUCCUCGGUCGACGAGUGGUGUGAUGGGCCUGGCGUGGAGUGGGUUUCCCGAAAGGGUAAACAAUACUAUGAUGGGGGCGAGUUUUUCACUCAAGCCCUCAUCUACCGGAGGAU